AAAAAAGAUUUCGCGCGAAAAAGCGUCCGAGUCUUGUUUUAGAUGUAGAUCAGCUGGGACAAUAACAACAAUACCAGCCGAUAACGGGGUCGGAACGGCGGGUUGAGAAACGGACCGGACCCGGUUGUGACCGACCGACCGACCGACGGACCGGCGGCUACUGCUCUAACCGAUCCGUGUGUUGAUCUCUCCGGUUUAGUUCCUUCUUACAUCUCCAGUUUAGUCCGACUGCUUCCUGCGUGCCCCAACUAAACGAGGGGGUUGAAGAAGUGCGGCUAAUAACUCAGCUAGCACGCUAAUCUGCUGCCCUAUAGAUAUAUCUAUAUAUUCAUAUCUAUGUAUUAAUAUGUAAGGAGAUCGCUCUGUGCUCCGCUGAGCUUCAUCACAUGUGCUCUCAGACUGCGCUGUGAGUUGUGCUGAUGAUGAUGAUGAUGAUGAUGUGUGUCUUCAGCGUUGUAGAUGUUUUAUAUUCUCGGUCGCUCCCUCCUGGGACGCUGCUCUAAAGUUCACAAUAGUAAUCUACCUGCGUCCCGUCUGAGCUGUGAGGAGAUCUGCUCUUGUUUGACACACUUCCAAAGCUAGUUUUGUCGUGUUGUUUUGCUAACUUGUGUGUCGGGUCUUUGUGAUGAGAUCAGAUGCUAGCUGGUUAGCAGAGCUGGUAGUUGUGUUGUGUUCAGGGGCAGUGUGGCCAGGCCUCGCGGCUCUACUCUGCUGACAGGAGACAUGAAAACACAAAGAUUAGCCUGCUAGCUCGCUAACCUCCAGCCUUGAUUGCUGUCACGGCCAAUGUGCGACUCUUUUAUUCGACUAUAUCUAUCAGCGGCUGAGCCUCAGAGGGGGAGAGUUGGGAUGCAUUUAGCAAUACUCUUAUAUUUGCCACAUUUCCUGUUUUGGCAGAUCACCCGUCUUGCUGUUUCACCACCAGACCCAAAGUAGUCAUUUUCCAGAAGCUAGCUUAAAAUAGGUUCUCAUUUAUGUUGAAGUGAUCUUGUUGCUUAUGAUGCAGAUGUACUAGCUUGUUUAUGAGCAAUAGAGAAAAGGGGAACUUUUUUUAAAAGAAAUGUCCAAGCUGCCUGUGAACACAUGCAAGCAAACUUUCAGAAGGUUUCAUCACUGUUCCUUAAAUUCACAGAGUACAGCAACUCCCAGUGGGUGUUGAUACUCAAACUGCAGCAUCUCUCUAGUUUGUGAGCCCAGUGAAGGGGUACUCUGUGACACACUGCCAUGUCAGAGACUCUGAUAACAGGGCAGACGUCCGAGGAUCUGUUGGCUGACUUUGAGACUUUGCUGAACUCUGGGAGUAUUGACCUGGCCGAGGACCACCAGAUAGUGAUCAUCACCAGCCCCAGCAAUGAGGGACUCCACCCGACCGCUGCCCCCACCAGCACGGGGGAAAUCCUGCUGUUUGCCACGCCACAGGGCCCCGUUGAUGUGGGGAUCCAGGACAAGAGACGACCGGCUCUGGGAAGACCUCCGGUAAAGAGGAAGUUGGACCUGGACAGUGACCAUCAGUAUGUCAGCACCUCUCGACCGUCCAUAGGCCAAGCACCACCCUCCACGCCAGCCCCUCCCAGAGUUCCUCGAACAACGACGGAGAAGUCACGGUAUGACACUUCCUUGAACCUCACCACCAAGCGCUUUCUGAACCUCUUGUCCCAGUCGGCCGACGGCGUGGUGGACCUGAACUGGGCCUCGCAGGUCUUGGAUGUCCAGAAGAGACGCAUCUACGACAUAACCAACGUACUGGAGGGAAUCCAGCUGAUCUCCAAGAAGUCCAAGAACAACAUCCAAUGGCUUGGUAAUCGAGUUGAUGCGUCGUUGGUUUCCCGCCAUAAGGAGUUGCAGAGGGAGGUAUGUGACCUCACAGACGCUGAGGAGCAGCUGGACGAGCUCAUUUCUAAAUGCAACCUCCAGCUCCGACUGCUCACAGAGGACCCACAGAACAAGAAGUUGGGCUAUGUGCACUGCCAGGACUUAAGGAAGUCAUUUGAUUCCCCAGACCAGCUGGUCAUGGUGAUCAGAGCUCCACCAGAGACCCAGAUGCAAGUUUCAGAACCCAGCAAGGGUUACCAGGUGUCGCUAAAGAGCACGCGGGGUCCAAUCGACGUCUUCCUCUGUCCAGAAGACAGCUCUGGCGUCUGCAGCCCCGUGACAGGAAGUAGUCCCUCCAAACCCAAUGCAGACACCUCCCCGGUCCCGCCUCCCACACAACCCACAGACAAAUCGCAAGCCAGUACAUCCACAACAGCCCUGGAAGUGGGUUUAUCAUCGCCAGCGUCCACGUCGUCCACAGUGACGGCAGCCUCCCAGCAGGACCCCUCAUCACUGGUGUUAGGUGGUGACGCGGAAUCGCUCCUGGGAGGCGACCCGUUCUCCAGCCUCGGCGACAUGCCCAAUUUUGACUUCUCGCCCCUCUCCUCCUCGGACUUCCUGAACGGAGAUGGCCUUCCUCUCACAUUGGACGGUUUCAUCAAUCUGUCCCCCCCUCACAGUCACGACUACCACUUUGGACUAGAGGACCAUGAAGGUAUCAGUGAACUGUUUGAUUGUGACUUUGGUGACCUAUCGCAAGUUUUGGGGGACAGUUAGAUGAAGAAGACGACGAGGAGGAGAGGAGGAGCUUGUGGGAGACUAGAUUUCGGGCUUUUCCUCCGUUCCCUGGGGCUUCUAAACGAGGGCUGGAAAUCAACAUUUUAUGGGCAAAUCUUUGUCAAAAAACCCAAACUUCAAGUUUUAACUGUGCAGUGUGAGAAAAUGUUUUGUGUAAUAAUUGCCUGUGAUCCCCAAAAUACCAUCCCAACUCCAAAAUCUCAGUCCCCAAAAUUGUACAGCACAUUAUUAGCACUAUUCUCUUUGGCCAUUUGAAUUUUAGACCAAGACUUUAGCUUUAGUAUAGCUAUUUAAAUUAUUUAUAUGAAUGUUAUUUUGAUAUUUUGUACAAAGUGUGUUUUUUGUUGUUGUUGAUAAUGUUUUAUCCAAGUGGAUUGUGCAGGUGUUUGUGUGUGGAGUAUGGGACUCGUAGGGCUGGUUUCCUUUACACUGAUUAGCUCACAUUGCUGCGAUUCAUAAGGCUGGUUUUCUGAUGUUUCAGUCUGAAGUUAUUUUCUGUAAAGGAGGAAAAGUUUGCGUCCCGCUGCUGAAGCUGCUUCGAUGAAACCAGCGUUAUGAGAAGUGCAGAUUCAGUGCCGGGCUGUCCAAAAGCGUCUUGGGAGCUCUGGUGCUCCACAGUGAUGGAGGUCGUUAUAAGCACGAAAGUAAAGUAACUCUCCAUUAAUAAUGAGUUUUAUCUAUAACACUGGAAUCCUGACAGACUGGUUUCUUUAACAUCUCUGUGUCUGACAGUGACACUCAUGGUAUAAUUGCCCCCAACUUAAUGACUAGAUUUGCACGUUCCACCAGCUCGUUCUCAUUCCCAGGGCAUCAAAUACUGACGCUUUGUCACGGCUUUCCAUUAACCACAAUGUAAACCCAUCUGCGCCAACAGUAAACGCACAGGGAAAGUGCUGUGAUGACGUAUUAAAAAAGAGACAUACGGGGUUUCCAUCUUUGAGAGUUUAGCAUCAUCUUCUGGACAGUCGGGGAGUUUCAUCCAGGAGAUCGCUAUUCGUGUCCCGUGGUUACAUUUCACUUUCACUUUACAAUUAGCUGUCUGUUUGUGUCCCAUGUUCACAACCUCAAGUCUCAUUUUCACUGUUAAAACAUAGUACUUUUUAAGCCCAACCAUGUUUUUGUUUUUUUCUAAACCUAAGUGUUUUUGUUGCCUAAUCCUAAACAAGUGUUUUUGUUUAAUUCACAACAUUAGGCAUGUGUUUAGUGUGACGGAAAUAGUGACGCCAAGGGGUCUGACAAAGCGGCAGUAUGUGACGAGUUGGGAUGAGAAUGUGUUGGUUGGUAAUAAAUAGCUAACGCCGAAAACACACCAGGCAGCGGCGAAGUGUGGUGGGAACAAAUUCUUUGUAACACAGGUCAACACGUCACAGCAUUCACAGGACUCUCUGUUUACUGAUUAGCUGCGGGUACUCACCUCGCCGUUAAAAGUUAAACUCUCCUCAACCUUUAGUUUGGCCGUACUUAGUUGCUGAAUCAAAAACAGCUGCAGGUCGCCGAACUCGGAGGGGCUGCCGCAUCUUUCCAUAGACCUCGAGUGGCAGCUCGCUGCAGGCCUCACUUCGCUGCUGCUCUGGUGUGUUUUUGGCGUAAAGGUCUAUUUUUAUUCGCCCUCCAAUCCCACUGACCAACAGAUGUUUUUACGGGGCUGUAUAUAUUUAUGUGAAAAAUGAACACAAGAGACAAGAUGCUUUUGGGGAGCUCGACCCGAAUCUUUCUUCAAAUAAAUGGUAACAUAAAGGGUUACCAUGACAUAUUUAAUAUUCAUAUUUUCUCUUCAAAAGACACAUGUCUUUUGGGCGUCUGGAAGAAGUCUGGUUUCACUGAAUGGCUCUCAAAAGCCAUGUUAGAGUCUAAAGGACAAAGGUAGACACUCCACAGUGUGACCAAUAACGUGGUUUCGAAGGAAAAAUGAAAAUCCGUAAGGGUCCAGAUUUUGUUGGUGUGCAGGAAACCAGGUGAUGAUAGUCUGCUGCAGUUAUGCUAGUGAUUAAAAACUAAUACUGAAUCCGUUGUUCUCUAUUAGUUAGGCGUUUAGCCAUAGUCUCAGGUGUUCGGUGCAGAGCAAAGUCUUAAAUCAAUGUUUUUUUGAUGCAAACAUGUAUGAGAGUGUAACUGUUUUAGAUGUGUUUUGUGGGUGUUGUGUAGGUUGAUAAUAGGUUUUUUACAGAUUUAGAAAAUUCUUGAAGACAGUGCAUGUUUUUUUUUCAUCUUUUUUUCAGCCAAGUGAGUGAGAAAAGUUCACCAGAUGCCUGUAGACUAAUGCUCCCCGCCUGACUCUUACUGUCAUGUGGGGAAAGCUCCCAGCAGGCCCCGACACACAGUUAAAGCUCUUCAAUAGAUCCUCACAGACCGUACACUCUUAAUUGCAUG